UCUGCGGACAGGAGCCGCUGCCGGACAUGGGCCGCCUGGGGCUGUUGCUGUGGCCGCUGCUGCUGUUGGUUCAGAUCUGCAUUCCGGCCUCCUGGGGCCUGCGCUGCAUGCGGUGUGAGAGGACAGGGUACUGCCUCCAGGAGGAGUGUGCCCCUGGCCUGGAACUCUGCAGGACCACAGUCCUGCGCGUAUGGGAAGGUGAGGACAAGCUGGAGGUGGUGGAGAGAGGCUGUGCCCACCCAGAGAAGACCAAUAGGACCAUGAGCUACCGGACUGGGAUGCAGAUCAUCACCCUGUCAGAGACCGUGUGUGUGUCAGACUUGUGUAAUCAGCCCCACUUAGGCCGGGCACCUACUUUUCCCCGAAGCCGUUACCUUGAAUGUGCUUCCUGUGCCUCAUCAGACAUGAGUUGUGAGAGAGGCCGGGACCAAACCCUACAAUGCCGUAACCCUGGAGAACAAUGCCUGGAGGUGGUGACCCACAGGAGCCUGGAAGGAAGUCUAGCAGAUGAGCAACACUCCCGUGGCUGUGGCUACCUUCCUGGCUGCCCAGGACCCACUGGCUUCCACAACAACCAGACCUUCCACUUCCUGCGUUGCUGCAACACCACCAAAUGUAACGCGGGCACAGUCCUGGAGCUUCAACACCUGCCACUGAAUGACGUCCAGUGUUACAGCUGUGAGGGGAACAGCACCCAUGGAUGUUCAUUGGAAGAGACCUCCCUGAUCACCUGCCAAGGCCCCAUGAAUCAAUGCCUGGAAGCCACAGGCUCUGCUGGGCUGGGGACCCCAGGCUACAUAGUCCGAGGCUGCGCAACCCCCUCAUGGUGCCAAGGCCUCCACGUGGCUGAAGCCUUCAGCCUGACUCAUGUCAACGUCACCUGCUGUACUGGAAAUGGCUGUAACCACCCAGUCAAUGAUGUUCAACCCCGCAUGGGGGGUGCCCCCCGGGCUGCCCCUGCCCACCUCAGCAUCGCCUUCACCCUACUUAUCAUGGUCAGACUAUGGGGAGACACUCUCCUCUGAACCUGAACCCCCAUUCACCCUACCCUGGCUGGAUCCAGAGGACGCCUUUGACCUUCCCUCAUCUCCCAGUCUUGCAGACUUGCUGUGUGACCUCAGGCCAGUGUGCCACCCUCUCUGGGCCUCAGUUUUCCCAGCUUUGCAAACAACUAUCUCACCAACUUUUGAGAACUAAAGGGAAAACCUGGAAAAAGUCUAUGGGCCAGUGGGAGAGCUCUUAUUGUUAAUAUUGU